AUGCAAAACUUUCGCGAGAUUCGACCAGCUUCCAUCCCAACCCACGGCCACGAUGUUGAGGGGGCAGCACAACCAACACUACAACCACGAGACCACGCUGAGCAGCAACAGCCUCACCCUCACAUUCUGCCCCAUGCCGUUGCCCCAGGCUUUGUUGCUGCCGGAAAUACAGGCCUUCCAAUACCCGUCCAAGGCCCACAGCGAAUAGAAAGCAUUGUGCUUCCGAGGAGAAAGCGGAGUGUGGUCCAAGCAUGCCGUGACUGUCGCAAGACAAAGGCCAAGUGCGGCGGCCAACGUCCCAAGUGCAACAACUGCAAAGCCAAAGGACGACAAUGCGGCUACGAUGGCGAAGAAGGCCAGUCGCGCUACAAGGCCAUGAAGUCGCGCCUCGCACUGCUGGAGAAGACGAUGCAGCAGCUGAGAAAGGCGACGCCCGAGCAGGCGGUGCGCCUGAUUGAGGAGCUGAAGCAGACGCCUGACGAGUCUUUCACCCCCAUGGCGGCCAUGGAUGAGGACGAGAAUACCCCUACUGGCACACCGCCGACGACGGUUAUGGCCCCGGCUGGGAACACCUCUACGAACGCUACUGGAAGGCCGAGUUUGCAGCAUGCUUCCUCCUACAACAGUGUCGACAGCAGCCAGAACCAGACGCUUGUUGGAUCUUCAACGGCUUCAUCGUCACGGCACAACUCUGGUCAGGGACUACAGGAACAAGAAGAAGCGUCUCCCCUCCGUGAUCGAGCUUCGGUAUCGACCGAACCGCCCAUCUUGUCUCCGACACCGUGGCAGCUAUGGGACAACAACAACAGCACCGCGGUCAAUCCCUCUCCCGGAGGAGCAUUCAGCGAUGGACGACGACAAUCUUCCCCGACACCAGCAAUCCACCUUCCUAUCCCCGACCUCGAAACGACCAACGCGGCCAUCAAGGAGUACUUCAUCCGUAUCGAUCGACUUUUCCAGCCCUUUUCCCGUGACGAGCUCAAAUCUCUGCAUCGAAUCGCUUCCGGACUUGACGACUACCCAUUGAACUCUUCCCACAUAGACCGGAAACGGCAACAGCAAAUUGCGCUCAGCUGCCUCACAGCCGUCGCCUCCCUCGGUUCUCAAUGCCUUAUGGACGCACAGACCGACAGCCGGGUCCAAGAACAAGAAGCGUUUACGAAUCUCGCUAAACACUACCUCGACGUGGUGAUUGAGCACGAACCUUUGGACGCAGUGCGAGUGUGUGCGCUACUGGCGGGCACGGUGAUUAUGAACAAGCCUGGGUUGGCAUUGAGUUAUGUUGCCUACAGGAUGAAUCACGAUGCGGCGCAGAAACAGGCACAACUACUCGAGGCCCAGCAGGCGCAGAGACGCCAGGCUUUGGCUGCUGCGAGACAUGGAGGUCUUUUGGCUUCCCAUGGUCAGGGAAUGAUGUCUCCUACCACUUCUUUGCAGGCGCAACUGGCUCUGUCACCGGUGCCGCACAAGGGAACAAUCGGCCAUGGAAGAAGUUGGCGGACGUUGGUUUUUCUCGCGAGUUGGCUGAGUUCGGCUCACGGAUACAUCAUUGGUAGCGACUUGUUGGUUGAGAGACAAUUGAGUCCGGAAGCUGAGCCGCCGUAUCCUGAGAAUGCGGAUUUGGUUGAGAUCACAGAAAUAGCCCUAACCCGCCUUUGCUACAUCAAAUCCUCCAUCCUGCGUCUCCGCGCCUCCAACCUGGACCUAACCCCCCACUCCAUCCGCCACGUCCUCCUCUCCCUUCGCCACUGGUACCACACCUUGCCCUCCACCAUCCAACUCAACUUCCACAACAUCUCACGCUCCUCGCCCUCCGGUUCGCCCUUCCCCUCUGCUUCUUCAGGAGGAGCCUCCUCGGGCACAACCUCCGGCCUGCUCGAAACCCACCGGUCCAUCCACCACAUCCACAUCCUCUACUCCGACUCCAUCACCUUGCUGUAUAGGUGGUUAAUCAGCCAGAGCAUCACCUGCCGGUUGCACGGCAACCAUGAGGGUCACCAUGCGCUGGAUACACCCCUGCGGGAGUUACUCCUGGAACACGCGGAUGAUGCGAUUAGAGUUGCGGGAUUGAGUGCCGUGGUUCUGAGAAGGAUGAUUCAUAACGACGAGGAGAUCUUGAUGCCGUGUUGGACGGCUGGGUUUCAGGCUUAUACCAGCUGUGCGGUGUUGCUUUGGAGUGUGGUGGGGAAGAUGGUUAACGGCGUUGGUGUUCACGCCCCAAGAGGAGGUGUGAAAGAGGCAAAAGAAUGGGAAUGGCAAGACCGCUACGGCUGGCGCGGCGAACUCGAUCGAGUGCACGACUGCCUCGUCGUCUUGGAACUCUGCGCUCGCUUGGGAGGAGGAAGAGACGGAGCAGAGAGAUGGUGGAGGCGCAUGCGAGCUUUGCUUUCGGUCGUUGAGUCUUCUGCCACUUAUCGCCAGUGGGGACAACAACAGCAGCUGCUGCAGCAGCAGCAGAGGGAACGGGAGCUGGCUUACCACCAGAACCCCCACGGUUCUCCUGACCACGGGAAUCGACAACAACAACAACAACAACAACAACAACGCCCGCCGCCCCUAGCGCUCGAACCCCAAGAUCGCAGUUAUCUGCUUACCCUCCCACCUCCGCAUGCGCAUGCGACGAACGGCAAGGUGGUCGAUUACUCCCUAGCCAGAGUCUCCGUGUCACUCAUCAUGCUCCUGCAUCAGAGUUUCGGAGCGCCUGGGAGUCAGAAGCUCGAGGGAGUGGGCGAUGAGGAGUUUGCCGUGGGAGAUUGGGGACAGCACAUACAUUCGCGGAGGGGAAGUGCAGUUGCAGGUGCAGCUGUCCCUGAGGAUGGAAAUACCUCUAGCGGUGCCAACUUGAAUGGCUUGUUGGACUUGGAGAGCGAGCAGGCGAGGAUUUUGGAGUGGUUGGGGUGGAAUUUGCCUGUGAGUGGGCUGAACGGGGGGAUGCCGACAAAUGUGCCUGUGCCUGUUGAUCCGGGGAUGGCCCAGGGUGAUCGUCAUGGCAGUGGUGGUGGUGGUGGGUAUCAGCAGGGUAGUAUGGGGAUGGGGAUGAUGAGGAUGGAUUUGGGGAGGUAG